AUGUCUCACACCUCCCUCAAGUCAGGAAACUACGACUUUCCUCCUGCUUCGCCUUCUUCGUCCCGCGUAUCUGGCCAAACUGGCUCUACCGAACGAGGCCCUGACGUGCUCCGCCUCCAGCAUCUCCGCAACUUAGUCAACGAACGAAACCGCUCCGGUGCUUACAACACCUUCAGCGCUACUCGUGCCUUAUUGACGCUGAAUCAAGAGAUUCUAGAGCACACUCUUGACCGGGCACGAGAUCGAACCGACUUCGAACAAGCCCGGGCCGCUGCGGAUCGCCAGAUCCAACAACUCCAGUCCGAGAUAGCUAGCCCACCCGACCUAAUUCGAAGUAUUUGGGCAGACCAGAUUAAUCUUAACUCAGAACGAUCCCUGAGUCCUCUUGCCCCGGAAGCUCAGUCUCUUCGACGUCGACUUCCCCGACCGGCGUAUAUAUCCCCUAGCCCCGACGGGUCCUCAUCCAGAUCCCCAUCCCUCAUGCCACCAGGCUCGUCGGGCCGAGAUGGCCAGGGACGCCUAAAACGUCGGAAGCUGGACGCCGACGAUAACCGCGAGGAAUUUCAAGGAUUCAACUACGGGCGAUAUGGACAAGUCUACCCCGGGAGGUUGCAAAUGGAGAUUGCGAGCUGUGACGGAGGAAACUAUGACCCGGAUGGCGGGUGUUCGCGCCCGGACAACGUCUUAGAAAACAACCAAAGCGUCUACUCCACCAAGGAAAAUCGCUGCAAUCUGAUACUACGUCACCGGGGCGAGGCACCUUUUUGUUUAAAAAAGAUCGUGAUCAAAGCACCCCAAUGUGGGUUCGAUGCCCCAAUUCAAGAAGGCAUGGUAUUUGUUUCCAUGUCUUCCGACGAACUACUCGAUCGCACUGCACGGUAUCAAAUUCAAUACUCCAGUCCUCGAUGGCGCCGCCGACACCGCCGGCAUGGCCUACAGCCGUCUCAGGAGUACUUGAAUGCAUACCGAUCACCACUACAAAAUCUCGAACGCACAGUUCUCAUGGGACCGAACUCAGACAGUUCGGCUUCUGAUACAACGGAUGACCCACAAAGACAAUUUCGCAUUACCACGGAGUACGACGAAAACAACGAGGAAAACAGUCAUUCCGGAAACGAUGACACCAUCCCCUUUACAGAGUUCGAAAGAGCUCAAGGUGAUCAGAGUGACCAGGGUGAUCGGCUGGAAGAUCCUUCGACAGAAACCGAUGAGACACCAACCGAGGAUGAGGAUGACAAUACCAGAACACUCCGCCAACGGAUCCAAUCCAAUCGACGGCAGAAUAUGCUCUUUCGCAUGGCCGAGCAGAGCGAGCGUCGAAACCCGACUCUUGUGAAUCCCAAUCCACCACCUGAACCCAACUCCCCAGAGGUCUUGAAACCACAUGCGCGAUUCUUCAUUGAGCGACAGAAAAGCAUGGUCACUAUCAAAUUCGAUCCACCUCCAUCUGGUCGUUUCAUUCUGAUCAAGCUAUGGAGCCCACGACCCGAUGGGAAUAUCGAUAUAGAAAGCAUCAUCACGCAUGGAUAUGCUGGUCCACGCUUCUUCCCGAGCAUUGCUCCUCGUUAG